UUUGGUAGAUGCUUGCAUUCCAAUUUGUCAAAGGAAAAAAAAUGUGGAAAUCACUUGGGUGGUGUUUAUUUUUCACAUGUAUUUUAAUUCCUUUAGUAGAUGCAGAUUGGAACAUAUUGAAGCUAUCCCGUAAUGGAUUAAAGAUUAGCUUAAAGAACUAUUGUGAAAGUUGGAGACUGAAUGUUGAGUUGCAUAACAUUAGACAAUUUGAAGUUGUGCCUGAAGAAUGCAUUGAGUAUAUUGGAAAAUAUAUGAAGUCCACACAAUAUAAAGUUGACUCACAAAGAACAACUGAAGAAUGUUUGGUUUAUCUUAGCACAAGCUGCAAUUUGAAAAAUGAUGGAAGGGAUGCUUGGAUUUUUGACAUUGAUGAUACUUUGCUUUCAACUGUUCCUUACUACAAGAAUAAUCAAUAUGGUGGAAAUAAAUUGAAUGUGACAUCUUUGGAGGAAUGGAUAAGAAAGGGUAAAGCACCUGCUCUAGAUCACUCACUAAAGCUCUUCAAUGAACUAAAAUAUAGAGGUAUUCAAAUCAUUUUGGUCACUUCAAGGAGGGAACAUCUCAGAUCAGCCACAAUUGACAACCUUCUCAAUGUUGGUUAUUAUGGGUGGACCAGAAUUGUCUUUAGAGAUAUUGCUAAUGAAUUUGUAUCGAUAAAAAAGUACAAAUGUGAUGUGAGAAAAGAGCUAAUGGAUGAGGGUUAUCGCAUUUGGGGCACUCUUGGGGACCAACGCAGCAGCAUUGAUGGGUCUCCAAGUCCUAGAAGGGCAUUCAAACUCCCAAAUCCAAUGUACUAUGUUGCAUAAUCUAUCAUUGAUCACCAAUUCACCAUUGCAUAUUUAUCUCUCUCCUUUUAAACCUAUGAAAAUGCCAAGUUUUGUGUAAUAAUUAAAUUCUUUAUUAAAUAAAUGUAUAUUUGGUAUCA